CCGUAGGGUGAGUGUGCGUUGCUUCUGUCCGGGUUUUGAGACUACUUUUACGUGACCGUUUAGAACCGGUUUUGAAAGUGCUCUGAGGUGUGGCGUAGGCGGUCAGUGCCGCGUUCAACCGUAAAAUACUCUUUUCAAAAGUUCAAAAUCAACUUUGUGUUAGUAAAAAAGUGCAUUUGUGAGUCACGACGAUUGUACGACCUUAUCUUGAGUGAAAGGGACGACGACAGCGGUGGACACCCGUGCGCGAGUGAGACAGAAGAGUCCAGUUUAAACCUGUUUGGAUUUUUUUAAACCAAAAAGGUUAAAAAGUGACCGCUUUCGUGUCUAGUUAUGCGAGUGUGUGAGUGUCUGUGAGAGGAUUUCUAUAGAACAAGAUGGCUGCCCUUCCCGCGCUUUUUGGACUUCUCCUUCUGACUAUUGUCUCAGGUCAAAAUGUAGACAUCUCGCCUAAGGAGGCCGUGCGCCGCGCUGGAGACGACCUGAUUGUGCUCUGCAAAGUUCCCUAUCCAAUAGACUCUUGUCGAAUGACAGUCGGUGGUAAAUCAUACAGACUCAUUCCGAGCAAUCAAGAUGAAGAAGUCGUAUACUCGGGUCAGGGAUUACAGUUUGGCGAAUGCGGAGCUCACAUAAAACAUAUAAGGGAAGAGUGGAACGGUAACAUAUCUUGUAUGUUGCCCCCUAAGAGCGGCAGCAUUGAAGUCACUGCAGCCAUGAGGCUGCUUGUUGCAAGAGCUCCAGGAAUCCCUCAACUCAUCUCCCCACCACAGCCUACUUUCAAAGAGGGUGAUGACUUCAUGGCGCAAUGCAUAGUUCCUGAUGGCAGACCAGCUGCCAAGAUUACGUGGUAUUUGGAUGAGGUCCAACUCCUGGCCGGAGUACACCAGCCCAUCAUAACACAGGAGCCUGGCAGUGAUUUACAAACGAUCAGCCAAAAUGUCUCCAGGUCCCUAACUCCAGAUGACAAUGGCAAGAAACUGGUUUGUCGAGCUGAACAUGAGGCUCUGGAUGGGCCCAGGGAAGCUGCAAGACAGUUGGUGGUUCACUACCCCCCCAAGCGGCUGGAGGCGGGCCCCAUGACGAUCUUCGGGCUGAAGCUGGGCGCCGAGGGCCGCCUCAACGUGUCGGUGCGCGCCAACCCGCCGCCCGCCGCCGAGUGGACGCUGGGCGACGCCGUGCUGGCGCCGCCCGCCGCCGACGAGCGCCGCUCCGCCGUCGCGCUCGAGCCGCUGCACCUGGGAGGCGGAUACUACAACAUCACGCUGGUGCUGACGCGAGUCGCCAAGGAGGACGUGGACCGCACGUACUACCUGAGGGUUACCAACGACUUGGGGAGGGAGGAGUUCGCGCUGAGGCUCAGCACCAUGGACGAGCCGGCCGGCGUGGAGCUGGACACGGGCGCCAUAGUCGGCAUCGUGCUCGCGGUGCUGCUGCUGCUCAUCGCCGUCUUCCUCGUGGUGUUCGCGAAGGCGACGGACCGCUGGUGCUUCGCCGGCAGGAGUCGAGACCACACUAAGAGUUCCGGAGAAUCGACUCCGGCCGGGGACGUGCUUUUAGAGAGCGUGGUUCUACCUUCUAAAACUAGCGACACGGAGAGCGCCGCCGGACAAAAGUCGCGACUCAGCGCGCUGACGGCCCGCGUGCGCGCCGCCCUGCCGCGCGGGCGCGACCGCGUGCAGGCGACGGAGCCCGAGCGCGGCGACGACAAGGCGCUAGCUGAUGACAAGAAGGGAGUUAUUUACGCUGAACUAGCUUUAGGGGAGCAGAACGCGGAAAAACCACCUCCUCCCUCCACAGAGUACGCAGAAAUCGUAUGCACGGAACAGUCGCCACAGAUGAAAGAGAACAAAGAGUAACUAUGAGAUAUCAUGUAUGCACCUUUUAAAACAAAACUUAUAUUUAAAUUGAAUAUUAUAAUCGGAAUUUACAUUUCUUCGAUCGAUCGAUCGUUAUUUAAUUGCAUCCACCGACAAGAUAUUAUAAAUUAUUUAAAAAAAUAUUUUUUAAUUAUUGUGAAGUGUUAUGUCGGUUCCACAUCUACUAAUUAUAACAUAUUCCAAUCCACAAAAAAAUAAGUAUUUAUUUAUCAAUUGUCUUUUCAUAUGUAAAUAAAUAACUCAUCGAAAUAUUUAAAUUUUGGAUUAUGUAUAUGUCGGAGUCGAUUAACAAACAUUAAAAAAACAACUUAUGAUGGAACUUAGUAAUCUCAUUUAUUCCUUAAUAGAUUAAGAUACGUGUGCUUUUAAUUAUAUUAUAUACAAUUAAUAGAUUUAAAACAUUUUUUAAUUAUUCAACUGCCUUGCGAUUUUUAUAAUAAUUAUAAUAUGUAUAAAAAAUGCUCUUUGAUAUAUUUGAAAUGUAAUUUAAAAAUCUUUUCUUUUAUGUUUUAUCUGUAUCUAAAUAAAUUAAAAAACGAUAUAUAAGUUAAUUCCUUUGAGCCUUAUUUAUAAACUUUGUUUAGCGCGUGAAACAACGCUGUAUCUUUUUCUUUCAAAUGUCAAAUCAACUAUGAGAGAAAGAGAGAAAUCACUGUUUAAGUAAAGAGCUAAGCAACGUUUAUGUAAGGGUGUAUAUUUUUAAAUAACGACAGGGUCACAUUGGAGGCUUAUAAUAUAAGGGUCCCAUUAUUUACACUGUUCAGUAAUUUUUAAGGUACAAAUAUUUUUUAUUUUAUAUGAAAUUGUUUUAAUUAGCCUUAAAAUAAAAUAGAUGACUCGUUCGUGGGUCGUUUUACAUUUUUAAUUCCGUCCAUUAAUACGUAUGAAGAUUUUUUUUUUCAAAACGUAAAAUAAUUUACAUACCAAUGUUACCAUUUUUUAAAAAUAUGCAAAUGAAUGUUUUAUUUUUUCAGAAUCAAAAAAAAUAUUCAUAUUUUGAGAAAUUAAUAUUAAAACGAGGUGCUUGAAUCACGCACAUAGUUUUAUUAUAUAAUUAGAUAUAUUAAAUGCUGUACACUAUUAUAUAACAUUUACACUUUGUCACAUGAAAUCAAUAUUUAAAUAACAUAACAUAUAAAUAAUUUGAAACAAAAUAUUGGGAAAAAUUAUUUCAAGUACUUCAAUGGCUUUGCGCUUGUUCUAGAUAUUUUUUGUACGUUUUAAAAUUUGCUUGCUGUUUGUGUGGUACUUAAAUAUAUACUGAGUAUGUGUGUUAAGAUAAUAAAAUAUCUUGUGUCAUAA